AUGGCCUGGUGGAAAGCAUGGAUCGAACAGGAAGGUGUCUCGGUGAAGGGAAGCCUCCAAUUCAACCCAGACCCUGAUGCAGAGAUCCUAUACAAAGCCAUGAAGGGGAUUGGGACCAACGAGCAGGCCAUCAUCGAUGUGCUCACCAAGAGAAGCAAUGCACAGCGGCAGCAGAUCGCGAAGUCUUUCAAGGCUCAUUAUGGCAAGGAUCUCAUUGAGUCCUUGGAGUCAGAGUUGAGUGGCAAGUUUGAGAGGCUCAUCAGGGCCCUCAUGUUCCCGCCAUACAGAUAUGAAGCCAAGGAGCUAUAUGAUGCCAUGAAGGGUUUAGGAACCAAGGAGGGAGUCAUCAUUGAAAUCUUGGCUUCUCGAACCAAAAGAGAGCUCCAGGAAAUAAUGAAGGCCUAUGAGGAGGCCUAUGGGUCCAGCCUGGAGGAAGACAUUAAAGGCGACACCAGUGGCUAUUUGGAGAGGAUUCUGGUGUGCCUCUUGCAGGGCAGCAGAGAUGACAUGAGUAGCUUUGUGGACCCAGGACUCGCCCUCCAAGAUGCUCAGGAUCUGUUCUCAGCGGGUGAGAAGUUCCAUGGCACUGAUGAGAUGAAAUUCAUCACCAUCCUUUGCACACGCAGUGCUACACAUCUGAUGAGAGUAUUUGAGGAGUAUGAAAAAAUCUCUGGCAAGAGCAUUGAAGACAGCAUCAAGAGUGAAACGCAUGGAUCACUGGAGGAGGCUAUGCUCACAGUGGUGAAAUGUACCCGGAACAUCCACAGCUACUUUGCAGAACGACUGUACUAUUCCAUGAAGGGAGCAGGAACCUCUGAUGGCACCUUGAUAAGAAACAUUGUUUCCAGGAGUGAGAUUGACUUAAAUCAUAUCAAGUGUCAGUUUAAGAAAAUGUAUGGCAAGACCCUCAGCAGCAUGAUCAUGAAUGACACCAGUGGUGACUACAAGAAUGCCCUGUUGAACCUCGUGGGCAGCGACCCCUCAGACUCAUAA